AUGGCGCCUUUUGUAUAUGCGGUCAAGGAUACGGGAUUGGGAUUUUCCGGCGUGUCGUCGGGUUCCCUCCCGCGGCGCAUGCUGUCUGUCUUGGUGUUAGUGGUGACUGUGUCCCUUAACAUCCCAUCUUCUGUGGCAUUGGAAACGCGGCAGAGAUUGUCGCCCAUCGGAAUCGUCAAUAACGUUAAUGUAGUCUCCUCAACCAACUCUGAGUCGCCUGUCAUCGUGCAAGGAGAGAACCAAUCCAGGAAUGUGGCAGCACCGUAUGCAUCUACGAUCAAUGUGCAUCGUGUAGAUGGUCCCUCGCGUACUAGUGAAAGCAAGGCUGUGCCUGCAUGGGAUUACGCUCGUCAUGGUGCCGAUUGGACCUCAGGUAUGUGCAAAAUCGGCACCAUGCAAUCGCCAGUGGAUCUACACGUGGACGGCCUGGUAAGCCGCAGACCAGAAAAUCUCAAGCAUGUGUUCGAGUCUGUGCUUAAAGGAGAUACUACAGUAAAUACUCUUGGCGACGGGUGGAAGCGCGGAGAUAUCGUGUAUUCGUACCGUCAUCUCAUAUCGUCCGUGCAGGUGAUGCGCACCGACAAAGUAUUCCGCCUGUCUAUUCCUGCUAACGAAGGUUCUACAUUCGGUGCGCUCUUCACUACUGACAGGCCAAACCUGUACAUGGCAACUCACAUCGAGUUUCAUUCGCCCAGUGAGCACACCUUUGAGGGUUCUGCCAACAGACGCCAAGUGGAGGUGCAGAUCUGGCAUUACUACGGUGACGACUCGGGCGCUGAUUCCGGAAUCAGAAGCAUGGAAACCAACGAGCAUACCGACAUGAACGUCCUAGUGAGCACGCACGAUGCCGAUAUGAUUAACCAUGUUAACAAGGUUGGCACUCAAGGAGGCGUGGAUGCCGAAAGUAAGGUGUCGCCAAAAAAAACUGAAGAAUCUCAUAAAUCGGAAGAAUUGGCUGUUAAGAAUGUUAAAUCUAAAGAUGUGGAUGCUCAAGCACCAAAGAGUGAUGAGGGUGAUAAAACAGUGUCCCAUGAUCAGGCCCACAACACUCCAAAAACCGACGAGAAAUCGGCCAGUGUUCGUCAAAGUGACAAGCCUGUUACGAUUGAGACAACUGAAGAAGGUCACAGUGAGCGUAUAGAUCAGCCUUCGACACCAAAGACGUCGGGAGAACAAGGAACCUCUGAGGUUCCAUCUGGGAACUUCAAAUCUACGCCACCUGCUGUAAAUAAGCCGCAGUAUGAGGAUACCGAUACGAAAAAAGAAGAGAAAUCGCAAGAUGAUGUGUUUGACAAUGACGGGAACAAUUUUAGGCAAGAUAAACUAUCAGAAAACUCUUCUGCGGUCGGUAAUGACAACGGUCAUUCAGAAGAUGGCAAAUCUGCAGCGAAACCCGUUGCCGUCGGCGGUACUCACGAGAAAAGCAAUGACAAGAACGAUUCCGACGAAUACGACGAUUUAGAGGACGAAGAAGACGACGAAGUGGAUGAUGGGGAGGACAUAAAGAAUGCCAACUUCGUGGACGACGAAGCUGGUGCGAGCUUUAUUGAGGUUCUGAGCGACGUAGAGAUGGCAGACGGGCAUCAUGUCAUAAAUCCGAACUUCUCAAGCAACAACUCGCAUGAUAUGGCCGUACAUCCUGUCCACAACGGCAGUUAUAGGGGUAACCUUCACCAAGAACGUGAUAACACUUCUCCACUCCCCAUCAGUGAUAAUAAAGUUGAAAGCAGCAUGUCCGGGGGGCAUGCUCAAUCGCAGGGUGAGAAACUUGCAGAUAGAAGAAUUGAUGCCGCGAUAUCAUCUGAUUCGGUUGCUGUGCAAAAGAAUAACGAUGGAACUGGGCACGAGCCACACCCUCUAAAAUCAGCACAGUCGAAGGUAUAUUCAGACAUGGUGGAAAGCGAACAGUUCGAGCUGCUGCACAAAUACCUACUCGAUCAUCUGCACAAAGCUGCAUAUGACAAGGAAGGCGACCGCCGCCACGUGUCGGAGAAGCGCCGUGCGAGAGACACUGGAGUUCACUGGGGCCGCUGGGCAGUGCUCUCCAUGACAUUCAUGAGCGAAGAGAUGGAGAGAACCCGCAUCGAAACUCUGAAAUCUUUCCCCUCCGAAAGAUUCAUGGAACAAGUGCUGAGCGUAGGAUCGGAGGUUGAGGUGUCGGCAGAUCCGAAUUCGUCAGGUGUGGGCGACCUUGGUACCACUAACGGGUCGGAACUUCCUGUAGUCGAGCUCGAUGUGCCAAUCAAUCUUUCCUCCCUUCUAAUGAUGUUGGAGACCAAGAAUCUGAAUUACUUCGCGUACGACGGUUCCUUCACCCGCCCAGGAUGUGAGGAGACUGUGCGUUGGUAUGUGGCGAAGGAGUCGCUUCCAGUUUCAACUGAGUUGAUGCUGCAGAUCCAUCGCAUGUUAAACCAGACGCGCGACCAAACCGCGCACUCCGCCCCUAUCAACAAGUACCGGGAACUGCAGAAUGUCAAUGCCAACCUGCAUAACUCCGGAAAGGUUCACCUUGUGCACGCAUACCCAAUGGAGUAUUUCAUCGCCGCAUCACUGGAUCACGCACGACAAACACCCGUGCGCUUUGAAUCGGGAUUCUACACGUUCUCAUUCGGCUUGUGGGCAAUGAUCGCCACAGCUACACUUAUGUACUUGUAG